AUGUCAUCGACGUUGGCAACCCUAGAGCUGCAGUACUUUCGAGCCGUCUCCCUCUAUCGCCGACGCAGCUAUGAGCCGUGUGUGGAGGUGUGCAACACCCUGUUGCAAGCUGGACACGAGAACAAUGUGCAAAUGUUUGCCACCAGCGGCAAGGAGGAAAUCGAUACGGAAUCGCAAUCACAGCCGGCAGAGCACACUGGCAAUUUACAGAGAAUCGGGCCAAGACAGCGCAGAAGACGCGACUUGGAGGCAGGAGGCGGUGGUGCAACAAUGACGCCAUCGAUUAUGCCCACUUGGCUCAUGGAGAGCGUGUGGCAGCUGAAGAUGCGCGCCUUGACGCAGCGCGUCUAUCUCGAUGAUCUGGAGGUCGAUGAUGCAGCCGAUGAGGUCAACGAGGAGGUGGAAUUUGAGCGGAUUGCAACAGCAGCUCGUCCUGGCAGCAGCAUCAAGACCGCCUUCCAGCCGCGUCCCAGCACAAAUCAGAGGCGUGUUCAGGGCGUGACACAAUCCAGCGAUGGAAGGAUCAACAGUGCCAGGCCAACAUCGGCAGUGGCACGUCCUGGCACGGCAUUGAGUCGUCCCGGUUCCUCGUUGGGCACACGUCCCGGCUCCCGUUGCGGCACCGCAUCCCGAGUGCGUGCCACAUCCGCAGCAGCUUUCAAUGUGGGCGAUGCCACCUCGAAUCUCUACCAGGCAUCGCGUCUCAAUCCCACCAUCUAUGCGGAGCGGGAAACAAUUGUGAAGGCGUUGUUCCAGUUUCUCUUCUACCACGAGGCGGAUGUGCAGAAGGCGUACUCACUUUGUCAGGCCGGAAUUGUGAUGGAUGUGCAACGGCAGCGUGCGGGUCAAGGGUCACUUGCCACGCCCACAGAUCCCGGCCGCACCGAUUGGUGGUGGCAACAACAACUGGGCAGAUGUCUGCUCGCCUUGCACUAUCCACGCCGUGCAGAACCCUGUCUGCAGCAAUCUCUGGCUGCAUUUCCGCAUCCGGAUACGUAUCUGCUCCUCUCCAGACUCUAUCAGCGGCUGAGACAGCCGGAGAGAGCCUUAAUACUAAUUGGCCAGGCGGUGGAACGACAUCCGUUUGAUGUGGUCUAUCGCUUGGAGCAGGCGCGCAUACAUGAGGCCAUGUCACAGCAGGAGGAUGCACUGCAGCUUUAUCGACUGGCGGCCAAAUUGCAGCCCAUCAAUGUGGAGGCAUUGGCCAGCAUUGCCGUUGGUUAUUUCUAUGAUAACAAUCCGGAGAUGUCUUUAAUGUACUAUCGUCGCAUUCUCUCACUCGGCGUUCACACAUCGGAGCUCUACUGUAACAUUGCCCUCUGCUGUCUCUAUGGCGGUCAGAUUGAUCUCGUCCUGCCCUGCUUUCAACGUGCCCUCCUUAUGGCCACACAGCCGGAACAGAAGGCGGAUAUCUGGUAUAAUCUCAGCUUUGUUGCCGUGACCUCCGGGGACUUCAACCUGGCCAAGCGAUGCCUCCAGCUGUGCCUCACCUCGGAUGCUCGAGAUGGAGCUGCCCUGAAUAAUCUGGCUGUGCUGGCUGCACACAGUGGCGACAUCAUGGGCGCCAAGUCGUAUCUAAAUGCUGCCCGGGAUAUGCUCCCAGAAGCCGGCGAAGUUGUGGCCAAUCUGCACUACAUGGAUCUCCACUAUAAACUAUAGUCACAAUUCAGUUAUAAACGUAAGAAUUAAAAUAUUCAAAAUAAAACUAAAUGGUUGAUUUUUAACUUUAUUUUAUAAUAGUGUUAUAAA